AUGUUAUCGGAUCACUCGGCGGCAGUCACUCCGAGUGCUUCCAGCGCGCACCAUUUCUCCUUCGAGAACACCUCCGAUUACCCCGUCGUCGAGCUUCCGCCCAAGCACGACCCGGAGAAUCCCUUCAGCGUUGCCCUCCAUUCUCCUUCAGGUCCUUUUUUUUGAUCUUUUAUCAAUUGGAUGCCGUGACAAAAUCAACUCGCAAGCUGAGAGAGGAAUUUGAAAAUGAAAGUCGAUUGAAAAAGUUUGAAAAGUUUUCAGUAAUUUUCUUUACUUCUAUUCUGAUAUUUCUAUGUGGAUCAAAGUGAACUUGUACGACUCAAUUCAUUUCGAACACAACAUGGCAACUAAUACGAUUAUAAAAUUAUAUAUCUGAAAAAAAAAUUUGGUUAUCUAAUUGUGAGUCAAUGCUUACUUAAAGACAUAUAGGCAGUAAAAUAACGGGGUUUGAGAGGAAAGCAGUACCGUUUAGAGCUUUUUGUUACGAAAUAUCUCGAUCUUAUUUCAUUUGUCUUGAGCCCCGUUUUUUACUGCCCAUACGCCUUGGGAAUAGAGUAAAUUUUGCACUGAUGUUCCCAGAUUUGCAUAAUCGAGAGGAGAGGUUCCCUGAAAAAUGAAAUUUCCACGUCAAAACUCCCCUUGUUUUCCCUCUUUCAGUCCCAUGAAUGCGACCUUUUUCAACUGUGACACUUUCGAGUCAUGACAAAAAUUGAAGGAUUUUUAAAAGUUUAAAAACAAAGUCAAGUUUAUAUAUUUUUUUUCUUUUCUCAACAGUUAUAUUCACUAAGUCCUUGUCUUUGGUGCUGAACUAACCUUCCAGCACUCCCGUCGCCACCAAGGAAGCAAAAGAACGUGGAACGCACGCCGACGCCAACCGCCAAUGAAGACAUGAGCCUCGAGAUCCAGCCGAGCCAGAAAUCCUCGCGCCACACCGACGUUCCGCCGCCUCUCGUCGCAAAUCUCAUCGCAACGGUUUUUUUCGUGUUUUUUCUACAUGUUCUUUUAACCUUUCAAUGUCCAUGUCUUUUUUUUUCAAUAUUCAAAUGAAAAUGCUUUUGCGUAUUUAGUGUUUUUAAGCAUAGUCUUCACUUUGACUCACUAGAUGUCUUUAAAUCUCUCGUAGAAAGUCAGAAUCACGUUCUUCUGAUAGAGUUUCUACUGAGCUUUCAAUGUAUGAUGACAGCCAUCUCUUUUUUUCUCUUUGUCCAGUUUAUAAUUUUGACUUCUUCUGAGAUUGGAAAGGCAUCUCAGUUCAAAGAUGAUUAUUUUCAAAUAAGCCUACUCACUGGAGCUUUUUUUGUUCCGAGUUUGAAUUUUAAAAAAAAAGGAAAAAUUUUAUACGCUUUUUUUCAUGACGAUAAUGUUUUCUGAUUCGACAAGAUAAUAAUUCUUUGAAGGAAAUCCUAUCCUUUGAAAUGCGAUGUUCUUUUAGAUUUUAAGUUGACGAUGAAGAACCUGCCCUUUUUUUUUAGCUUGUCACAAUUUGAAUUUGAUUAUUUUCUUGAAAGACCUCUAUUUGAAAGUGUCGAUCCACCCACAGAUCAUCUAGUUUUACAGAAAAACAUGAACAUAGUGGAGCGGCUUCGGGUGAAGCUUCAGAUCGGCAACGAGCUGAUGAGAGCUACUCUGGCUGAAUGCUUCUGCACGGGCUUCCUCAUUGUGAGUUUCUUCUGGAAUGACGAGUUCACGAUCACGUUCAGUUUGGCGGUGAGUGCACCAACGCGCAGUUCGUGCUUUCUCAGCGGAAGAACAACGAAUUCAUUUGCGUGACCAUUGGCUGGGCUUUUUCUCUUGUGAUUGCCGUCACGAUGGGCGCUCGGAUUUCAGGUUUGCUGAUUCUAUCCAUUUGGCAUGACAUGUAAAAUUUCCCCUGGACAUUACAUUUGGAAAGACAGAACGAGCUAAAAGAAAAAAGAUCAAAGAAAUUUUUCAUAUAAAUUCGAUUUUUUCGAGUGUUUCUCGCACGAUGUAAAAUUUUAUAAAUUGCUAAGAAUUCUUUUUUUCUCGGCUUUUCCCAAGUUUAGAAAGGAUCAUAUUCUGUAAAUAAUGUUUGUUGCUGUGUUUGAGAGUAUAUACACAAAAGUGGUCUCUAAAGAUCUGAGGAAGUGUUUUUUGAAAGGAAGGUUUUCAAUUUUCUGGUGUUUCAUGGGCUUCAGAAAAAGAAUUAACUGAUUUUCUUUUGUACAAUAUAUCAAUUGAUCAACUGUUCGUAAGUGAAGUUUAAGGAGCGCAUCUCAACCCAGCUGUGUCAUUUUUCCAGUUAACUCAAGGAAAGAUUCCCCCGAUUCGGUGAGCCUGAAAACGUUCCCAAAAAGACAUGUUGUUCAGAUUUGUCAUGUUUGUUAUUGCCCAGAACGUGGGAGCCUUCUUCGGCGCCAUGUUCACUUUCAUGGUUUACUACGGCAAGUUGCUUCUUUCUUCUGAGAAACGUCUUUUGAUGCGCAACUUAUGAAUGUGGAAUGAGUGAGGAAGACUGAUGAUGUUCAGACGCGAUCGACGCGUUUGAUAAAGGGGUCCGGAAUGUCUCAGGACCUGCGGCCACGGCCAGCAUAUUUGCCACUUAUCCCGGUCCUCAUUUGUCCACUUUUGGGGGUGUCAUUGACCAGGUCACUACUUUUUCCUUUUCAAGCGGUAAAUUGGCUCCAGGUGGUCGGAACGAUGGUGCUCUGCAUGGGAAUCGCGGCGAUCGUAGACCGGCGCAACCGGAUUCCUCCCUUCCUGCAGCCCGCCUUUCUUGGCUGUCUGCUCGCCUUGAUCGGGAUGUCUCUCUGUUUGAAUGCUGGUAGGAGAAGUUGGUGAUAGCGACUGACGAAGCCUUCUCUUAGGUUAUGCCAUCAACCCGGCACGCGACUUCGCUCCGAGGCUCUUCACCCUUAUGGCCGGCUACGGAUGGAGAGUUUUCAGGUUUUUUUUAAUUCUAUGAGAAAAUGAUGUCGUAGAAAGAAUUAUGAGCUGAGCUGAACUGUUGGACAAUGGAACAGAUAAAAGCGUAUUUAGGAAAAAAUAGAGAGCAGCACUUAAAUUAAAAUUUUUGAAUUUUUGGGUGCUUUGGGCUUUUACAAUGGACCACAUUUUUUUCCUUAUCGGGCUCCUUCAAACUUUUCUUAGUCAACAGCUAAUUCGAACUCCCUUCGAAAAAUGUUUUUUUAAUAAUUAUUAACUUUAAUGAGGAAAGCAGAAGCUCAAGAUUUAUUGAAAUUCAUUUGAGCGCUCAUCAAGGAAGGUCAGUUCAAAGUAAAAUUUUCUGGACUCAUUAGGAGUUAAAAAGUAGGAAAGGUUUUGAAAGUCUAAACUUGCCAAAAAGUUUCCAGUUUUCAAAAGUGCAGACAGAAUCUUCACAGAGAGUAUCAUUAACUUUUUGUCAUUUUCAAAAUCUUUUAAAACGAUUUUAUCAAUAAAAUGAUCUUCGUUGCUUGUCUGCUCGAGAAAACUCGUUUUUCUUUGCUUUUCACCGAAGUUGAGUUUCACAAAAAAAAACCUGCUUUUUUCUUGAAGCUAUCGAAACUACAAGUGGUUCUGGAUCCCGAUCAUUUGUCCCAUGAUCGGAGCCCUACUUGGCGCGUGGCUCUACGAGUUCUUCAUCGGUUUCCACAUUCCCGACGAUCCGGAGACCACCUUCAUCCACAAAGUUUGGGCCUUUGUCCAUGCCGCCAGUGACAGAUGAUGUUGCAGAUCCUCGACGAUAGGAAUCCCGACGGACAAAUUCGCGAAGUCCAUGUCGUCGAGAAAAAACCGUUCGUUUCCGCUUUUCUUCAUUUUCCUCUCGGAAAGCUUCGAACUCAAAAAUAUUUCCUUCAUCUUGGCAUAAAACCAUUUUUCAGACUAAGCGAGGUCGUGGCGAACGACGAGCCGACUUCCUACCGAAACAUGUAGAGGAAGUGUGGAAAAUCGAGAACUUCCAGUCUCAGUUCAAGGAAAUGAGACCAGUACCCCAAGAUUUUUAGAGCCCGUGCCUAAUAAAAUUUCCUUUUUUUCUCGGUUUUGCUCGUUUUUUUUUCUGAACGGCAUUCAUACUCAUGAAUAGUUUUUUCAUCACAAAAGAAAGUUCAAACCUUGGAAUGUUGGUAUAUCACAAGUCAGGAACGUCUCAACUUGGUUUUUGGUCGAACCCGUCGCUGAUUGGCUAUAUUUAGAGAGAAUCACUUUUCAAAGUAAUCGAUAAAAAUGUUGAAAAUUUACACUCUGCUCAACAAAAACGAGAAGUGCUGUCGAAGAGAAUCAGAAGCAAUUUAUUAGCAACUCGUACGUUGAAUAAAUGUUGAAGCGGUCCCAAAGCGUCCGGCGUGAUUCAUGAGCGGUACGGAGAGCCGCUCCCAAGAGACCACUUGAGGGCGAUUCUCGCGCUGCAGACUCGCCACAAUCGGCUCUGCCCUUUGCCCUUGAUGCUGUCGCCUUCCAACGUUCCGGACAGACCUUUUUCCAGAGUCAAUCGACUGCGUCAGUCCUUCCGCGACAAGGUUUUUCGACUUGAACUUGAUUUUAUGAAUUAUGUAAUUCUAACUAGAAACAGUUUCUAAUAAAAAAUAAAAAGGAAAUUUGAAAGUUUCUUCAUGGUAUUUAUUUAUUCUCAUCGUUUCAUUUUUCGGUCUUGAAUUAUUGAUUGAACAGGCGCAACUUGUGAAGGACGACGUUAGACAGGGACUUCAGAGGGUCCGAAAGACGCCUCGAUGGCUCAGGAUUCUUCGCAAGGUUAGUCUUCUUCUGUUUAUAAGUUUGAUAUAAUCAAAGUACUUCUAGAUUUAUCACGACUACGGUCUGAAACACGUUUGUCUGAUCUCUCUACUCGUCCUUUAUCAAUUUAUCGGCGCCGGAAUCUUUUAUUUCUGUGAGGCCGGCUACGAUGAGGACAAGGAGAAGCUCUGGAAAGCUAGGUAUUUCCUGUGAAGUUAAUGAAAAGUUUUAUGGAUUCUCAAUCAGGAUAUCAUCCAAUCGUACCAAUUUUGUCAAUGAAAUCGUUCCGAAGCUUUUUAACAAUACUCGAUAUUUAUUCUUCUUGUCAGAUGAGCAGACAAAUGAGGUGAUUUCUCGGGCAUAGAAUGAGCAAUUUCUUUUUCGAGAUUCAGGUAUCAGAGGUUCUGCACGAAAUGGUCGAAAACUACGAAACGCAAUUGGGAAUCAAAUACACAGACCAAAAGAUCAAAUGGGACUUUUGGAACGCGAUGCUCUACGCGCAGGUUUUGACUAGCUUUCUUGGGUUUUUAUAAGUCUAGAUUUCGAGGGAAAGUUUAUUGAAUAUUGUUGAAAAAUUGUCUAUCUUGACGUCACCUUUUUCGGACUUAUUUUGACUUUCCACCCGCAAAAACUCACAAAAAAAUGAGUUGAAGCGAGAAUCGACCGAAGCAAGUAUUCCUUUGAAAAUCUAGACUUCCGAAGAGACUUCUGGAUACUUUUUAUCAAUCCUAUCAAAUUCGUGUUUCAGACGAUUUGUACUACAAUUGGCUAUGGACAUUUGUACCCUUCAACGGUACCUGGAAGACUUUUCACGAUGGUUUAUGCCAUUUUCGGCAUACCAUUGGUUCUUUCCAUUUUAGACGACCUCGGUUCGUUACUUUUCGAUUCAACACCCUCGAGCUAGAAAGCGCCCACAUUCAUGACAAAUCCCAGCUUCCGCUGGUGGUAAUGAUAAAUGAAUGGCGUCGAGAAGUUCACUUCGUUCCCAACGUCCCCAGGGACUCGAAAAUGUUUUUUCUUGGCUCGUUUAAAGAGAGUUAUGCACUGCGGAAUGACUUGUUUUGUAGGGAAACUUCUGACGCGUUGUUUGAAAACGCCGUGGUGGCUUCUGAAGUGCGCCUGCAGAAGGGCGUUCCGUUACUGUACGAAGCAGACUUUGGCCGAGAUCCGCAAGCUGGACGACGAUGAUCGUCGAGGUUAUUCACAGAUGAAAAAAUAAUUCCUUUGAGAGAAUUAUAAAAAAAAGCCCACAAAAAAUUUGUUCUAAAGAAUAAUGCUUGUUAUGAUUGUCAAUGCACAGGAAUAUUCCAAGACUCGAAAUAAUUGGGAAAACAAAUUUCUGCCUUGAGAUCUUCAUAUAGCUUAUCGACAAGAUAACCUGAUCAAAUUUUAAAAGUUGAAAAUUGCAAGUUUCAAACCUAACUCUAAUAAACGCAAACUUUCUCAAAAAAUUUCCGGACACAAAAAAAAGAAAUAUUGCAGACCUCGAAAUUUUCGACUUGCCCAUUCCGAUUGCAAUUUUCGUCGUCGUAGCCUGGAUCUUCAUUUGCUCGGCGACUUUUUGCAUUUGGGAGAGUGACUGGGACUAUUUCGUCGCUUUUUACUUUUUCUUCAUCUCUCUCAGGUUUUUAUUAUCGAAUUUUAUUUUUGCAAAAGUUUGAGUAUACAAAAUUUCGAAUGACUCAAAUAAUAAUAUAAUUUUUCGCGCUAUAAUCAACUUUUUUUAGGCUUGAAAAUGACUAAAUAACAGCUUGAGAUGUUAAAAAAAUUUUUUUAACCGACAAAGAUCUUCAAGCAUAAUUUUUUGUGUCGGUUAAAUUAUUGAAAACUGUGAAAAAAUGAUAUGCUAUACUUUUCAAAAGAUACAUUCAAUAAAUCGAUUUACAGUACGAUCGGCCUUGGAGACAUAACUCCGACGCAGCCAAAAUACCUUCUCAUGCUUUUCAUCUACAUCAUCAUCGGACUGUCCCUUGUUUCAAUGUGUAUCAAUUUGAUACAGGUGCUUUUGAAUGUUUUCUUUGAGUGAAGUGAAAAGUUCAGGCCAAAUUGGAAAGAACUUACGAUGCAGGAAGAGUCAUCGAAAUAAUGAGUAUUGAUCAUGGGACCGCCGCUUUGGUGGUACCUGCUGGGGCGGACAUUCGGAGACGUGGCAGCAGUUUAGGUAAGAUAGGAGUCAAGCUCAAGAAGUUUAUCGUUUCAGGAAUUUUCCGCUCGUCGUCUUCUGUUCAUUCCCUAACAAGGGAAGCCGUUCAGGUGAAUUCAACACGAGUAAACUCUAUUUUAUAUUUCUGCAGAGCGCGCUCGUCUCUAGGAAAAAGUCCAAUAAAACGGUGCAAACGGUUCUGUCGUUUCCUUCGAGCUGCACGUCCAUUUCGAGAACCGUCACCAGCUCGAGGUGACCCUAAAGUCGAACCUUCUCCAAGUUUUCGAAUCAGAUUGAAGUUUUUGCCGCGAACUUUAUCCAUCGAUGACGUCAUGCGCAUGGUCGACACAGAAGACGGCGAUAUUUUAGUGGGAAAAGCUGCCAGAUAAGGGGAAUAACCAAUUUUUGUAGGUUCUAACGGAUUUGAUUCGGGAAGAGAGCACUUUGAGCCAGAUCUCGAAAAACUCGAUGAGCAGCGAUGGGAGUAGUAGUCAGGUGACCGUAACGUAUACUAGAAACAAGAAAGUGAAUUAUUAGAUCGUCGUAUCGAAAUCCUUCGAUGCGAAUUUCACACCGACUCCCGCCAAUCGCGUCCAUAUAGCUACAUCGCAUUCAGAUCCUUGUGAGCGUUUCUUUUUUUUUUAUUAUGAGUCAUUUCUGUAACUAGCUUAUUUCUUUAAAAAAGCUGACGAUGAACUGAGUGAAACAAAAUGGAUUUUGACACGAUUAUUUUUGAUAACAAAUAACGAAAUGAGAUCACAUUUACUCGGCUCCCUACAAGAAAACAAUUAAGCGACAGCGUCAACGAUUCCCGCAAAUCUGACCGUCCGGGACAUAGAAGAGCUGGAGGAGCUCGAGGACCGGAUAGCCCUGGGUCAGACCUCGUCCUCCUUGGCGAACACGGUGCACUUCCGAUCGCGACUGUCGCUGAUCCCAGAACAACUGCCGUCGACGGUGGAAGAAGGCGAGGAGCCCAGCGAGGAGAGCAAUCCGCUGUCUCCCGACGAGAACAUCGAACCCAACAACAAGUCCUGUCCCUAUUCUCUCCCCCAUAACUGUUCUCUUUCCAGGAGACGAGGUCUUCAAACAGUCUUCGGCGGCUUCUUUUCUCGCAAAAAAUCUGAGCCUCUGCCGGAGAAGUUGGAAGAAAACGACAUAUCAACGUCAUCAUGA